AUGGGUGCAUAUUUGUCUGAACCUGUUACUGAAAAAGUGUCGAGCGAUGAAGCCAACGAUAAACUUGAGUGCGGCGCAAGCUCCAUGCAGGGAUGGCGUGUCAAUCAAGAGGAUGCACACAACACAAUCUUAGAGUAUGAUUCAAACACAUCAUUAUUUGCUGUGUAUGAUGGCCAUGGAGGAGCUGAAGUUGCCACUUAUUGUUCACAAAAUCUGCCAAACUUCAUCAAAAACACAGAUGCAUAUAAAAGUGGAGAUCUCACAAAAGCUUUGGAAGAUGCCUUCCUCGAUUUUGAUGCUACUAUUGCCACUAAGGAAGUCAUGGAUAUACUGAAAGAAUUGGCUGGUGAAAUAAAUCCUCCAGGCCCCAGUGACAAUGAGGAGGAGUCUGAGGAUGACAACGUCAGCAACUUGUAUCAAGAAGCCAGACUUCCAUUGCAGGAAGUAUUAGCAAAGUAUGAGAAUAAACUGAGCAGUCUUCAUCGGGCACGUCUCGGUGACACCGCCACACCUUUGUCACCCUGUCUCCGUGCAAAGAAGAACACGGAUGAAGCUGGCAGCUCAGGUGCCGGUGGUUCAGGCACAAGUUCAUCAUUUGCUGCUGGCUCAAGUUCAGAACAGCCCAGUGCUGAAGCAUCAUCAAGCAAAAAUGGCAUAUCGUCAGUAAAAGAGGUCGCUGAUGAAGACACAGGAGGAGUCUCCUCAACAAACAAUGAAGAAGAUAAAGAAGUAAAUGGAGAAGUGUCCACUAGCGAGCCUGACGAAAAAGCGAAAGAGUCCGUUGCAAUGGAGGUAGACAAAUCCAAUGCUACUACUGCACCAGACAGCUCUGAAGACAAUUGCCUUCAGCCAGAACAAAGUGCAGAUGCCAAGAGCUCACCAGCUAAAGGCAGUGGCUCUUCUGAUGCCUGUAAUGGAGAAGUAACAGAUUCGAAGCAGGUUGAUGGUGAGGAAAGUAACAUCACGUCAUCCAAUGGGUCAACCACACCAUCGAAGGGAAAAGCGAAAGCUGCAGCAGUCUCAAGUUCAGACGUCAAAGCGCCCAAAGAUCCGAAAAGGAGACGCGCCGCUGCAGCCGUUUACGAGUCCUUACUACGUCAGGCUGCCGAAGAAGAUGAUGACGAUAGCGACUCAAAUGAUGAAACCUUCGAAGGAGGAGAGAUCAACUCAUCAGAUGAAGAAAAUGUUAAUGGUGUUGAGGAGUCAUCAAACGACGGAGAUGGCGAAGAGGAAGAAGAUGAUGAAUUGGAGGCUGAAUCAAGUGAUGACGAUGGAGAGGAAGAUAUCUCUAUGAAUGAAGAACCAGGAAAUGACAGUGGCUGCACAGCUGUGGUAGCACUGCUACGGGGGAAAGAAUUAUUUGUGGCAAAUGCUGGUGACUCGCGUUGCAUCAUUUGCAGAGAGGGGAAGGCGAUUGAUAUGUCAAUAGACCACAAGCCAGAGGAUGCCCCAGAAUUAGAAAGGAUCACCAAAGCUGGUGGAAAAGUUUCGAAUGACGGACGCAUUAAUGGCGGCCUAAAUUUAUCUCGUGCCAUCGGAGACCACUCAUACAAACAAAACAAAGAUUUGGGUGCCAAGGAACAGAUGAUAACAGCGCUGCCUGAUGUAAAAACAUUAACAAUUGAUCCAGAGAAGGAUCAGUUCAUGGUGCUGGCUUGUGAUGGUAUAUGGAACUUCAUGUCUAGUCAAGAUGUCUGUGACUUUAUUUUGCCGAGGUUGGCCGAAGGUCGCGAGAGGCUGUCACAGAUUUGUGAAGAGAUGUUCGACCAUUGCUUGGCGCCGAGCACGAUGGGCGAUGGUACUGGGUGUGACAAUAUGACAGCUAUUAUUGUACGAUUCAAAGACGGAGUAAUCAGUGACGUAGCGCAGCACACGAGUCAGGCUGAGGGACCUAAGAAACGCGCCGCUGAGGAAGAGCACAAUGAAGAGGAGCAACAGGAAUCAAAAAGGCAAAAGGUCGAUGAUACCCUCUCAAGUUCAGUAGUGACUUCGAGUGUCUAA